GCAGGUGUGACACACCCUGACAAUCUGCUUACUGUGGUACUGCUCUCGGCUAGAAAAAGAGAUAUUCUUGGUACAGCAAGGCAUCUAAAGAUAAAGGACAACAUCAGGAAACCAGGUUAAGAUGGAGAAGAGGAACAGUCUGCGUCGCUCUGGGACAACAAGGCGGUGGUGGGGUCUGCGGAGGCGCUGGAGGAUGUUAGGACUGUUUGAAAUCAACCAGGAACAUGAAUUCUACAGCCUCACCUGUCUUAUGAAAGAGGGGCUGCAUGCUGCCCUCCAGACCAGCAUCGACACACCAGGACCUGAUGAACUUUCUGCUGAACAUUACAAAUCGGAGGAGACUCAAGUCCACAAGGACUAUGAGAUGCAGACAUUUGCACGACUGGUGUUUUCCAGCCUGCGGCACUCCCUGGACAUAAAAGAGGAGGAGUACAAGAGGUCCCUCUCUUCAGACUGCUGCUAUCUACAGUUCAUGAGCAACUCCAAGAGCAAGGCUGACUUCUUCCUCACGAAUGACAAGAGGUUCUUCCUAAAGACACAAAAUAAGCGGGAGGUGAAGUUUCUUCUUUCCAACCUGAAGGCAUAUAUGGAUCACUUGGAGAAAUACCCCCACUCAUUGAUGGUCAGGUUCCUGGGUCUCCAUAGUAUCCAAGUACCAAAUGAAACAAAGAAGUAUUUCAUUGUGAUGCAGAGUGUGUUUUACCCGGACGAGAGGAUUGAUACCAGAUAUGACAUCAAGGGCUGUGAGGUGGGUAGGUGGACUGACCCUGCAUCUACUGGAAGCCCAGUUAAGAUUCUGAAGGAUAACAACUUUGAAGGAAAGCACAUCAUUCUAGAUCAGCAGCGCUCCUGGCUUGUGGAUCAGGUUGAAAUAGACACAGCCUUCCUCCGUAGCCUCAAUGUGCUUGACUACAGUAUCCUGCUGGCCCAUCAACCCUUGCACAAAGACGAGCUGGACAGGAAGCACUCCUUUAGUAACCUUAUUGUGCGCACUGCAAAGUCCAUGGCCCAAGACAGUCCCACAGAGGAAGAACACCCCACUAUUCUGUUGUUGGAGGGGGACUCUUCUCGACUGGCAUCAGAUACAAUAGACAGUGGGUCAGACCACGUCCAGGACACAGGGGAACACUCUGGCCAUUCAACCCCCUCGGUAAACAGUACAGAUGCAGAACUCUGGGAGUUCCAUGCUCAUCACCGUAGGCUGCUGCCUAAUUUCAAGAACUCAGUGCAUGUCAUAGAUGGGCCAGAGCUGCGCUACUUUGUGGGUGUUGUAGACAUUUUUACUGUGUACGGUUUGAAGAAAAGGCUGGAGAACCUGUGGAAGAGUCUGCGCUUCCCUGGCAGAGCCUUCUCCACUGUCAGCCCAGCUACCUACUCCCAGAGGUUCUGCCAGUGGGUAAAGGACCACACCAAGUAAAACAGGGACACUGAGAUGGCUAGAUGCAUUGUUAGUGACACAAAGCCCAUUGAAAGACACAGAAGAGACUGUCAAUUGAAAAAUCUAACUGGGCAUUUUAUUCAGUUUUUGUAGUUAACAGUAUGAACAAUAGGUGGUACCACAUAGCUUCUGUUGCAGAGGUGGUAGCCUAUAUCAAAAUACAGAUACUACACACACAAUUUAAUUAAGCAAUAAGGCCUGAGGGGGUGUGAUAUAUGACCAAUAUACCAACAGCUAAGGGCUGU